ACGGAAAGUACGGAAAGCGCGGAGACGAAGGAAAUCGGCACCCCAACUAGGUAAGGCCGGUUCACUUGAGGUACCGUCACUCUGUACAACUUGCUGCCAACCUCAUCUUGUCGUUUCCAUCUCCCUGCCUCUCCCGUCUCCAUCCUGUCCUGGUACACUUGUCCUUUCGUCCCCCCUUUUAUCCCUCCCUCCGUUUAUCCGCGAGCUGGUCUCAUCUCGCUGCCUUGGCCUGCCACUUGGUCUUUCGUUACCUCAUGAUGAUGAUGGACGAGCUGUUGUCGCUGGCCUUUUGAACGACCGGCUCCCAAUGGGUUCCUACGCCAGCUUUCUCUUUGUGUACGUCCUCGGCGGACUCACCUUCAUCCCGCUAGUCCUGUCGCUGGUCCUCCUCUUCGCCUAUCUCACCCUUCCGUCUCUCCCCCCACCCUCCGAGCAAUCAGGCAAAUUCACGCAGGGCGGCCUUCAACGUCCGACCGACGACCAGUACAGCCUUAAAUCCGGCACCGAUGAGUUGGCCGAGAAGUUCCAUCGCACCCACGACUCUGAUGUCGCCGCUGGGUACUUCGCGGUCUGUCGUGAAUAUGUACCGGGGGGUGUCAACGGGCGGCCGCCCGAGAGAACCACUCCGGCGGGUGAAGUGAUCGCCGCCGAGAGCCCGAGCGUCUAUCAGGCGAUGUAUAGAAGCCUGUUUGACCGCAAGCAAGCACCUACAAUCGAACCCGCCAAAACCAACCCAAAGAACGGAAAGCGAGGGCGCAACGUCUUUUACAUUGUUCUUCGACACGGUCAUUUGAUGCUCUAUGACAACGCGAACCAGGUGGAAGUCCGAUACGUCAUCUCGCUUGCCCACCACGAUGUCAGUAUACACGGCGGAGAGGGCCCGAUUCCGGAAGGGGAGUUGUGGCUAAAGAGAAAUGCCAUCUGUCUUUCGCGACGGUUGGAGUCGCUGGGAGACUUGGGAGGGCCUACGCCGCCCUUCUUUCUCUUCUCGGAGAACCUGUCAGACAAGGAAGACUUCUAUUUCGCCAUGCUUCAGAACCAGGCCAGGAUGUGGAGCUCUCCAGAUGGUCCUCCCAAGCAGCAGCCGUUUGAUGUGAAACACAUCGUUACCCUGGUCCAGCGAUUGCAUUCUUCUGAGGAGCAACUGCAGACGCGGUGGAUCAACGCGGUGUUAGGCAGGCUGUUUUUGGCCACAUACCGAACGCCAGAAAUGGAAGAAUUCAUUCGAAAGAAGGUCACCAAGAAGAUCUCUCGCGUCAAUAAACCGAAUUUCAUCAGCAAGAUUGGUCUCCAGAAGAUCGACAUGGGGGAAGGGGCGCCGUUUAUCAUCAACCCGAGACUCAAGGAUCUGACGGUCGACGGGAACUGCUGCGUUGAAACAGAUGUUCAAUACACUGGCAACUUCCGCCUGGAGAUUUCGGCCACCGUGCGCAUCGACUUGGGACCUCGCUUUAAGGCUAGGGAGGUUGACAUUGUUCUGGCCGUGGUGCUGAAGAAGCUCGAAGGCCAUUUGCUGAUCCGGUUCAAGCCUCCUCCGAGUAACCGAAUCUGGAUUUCCUUUGAAACCAUGCCCAACAUGGUCAUGGAUAUUGAACCGAUCGUUAGCUCAAAACAGAUUACCUACGGCAUCAUCUUGCGUACGAUCGAGAGUCGCAUCCGGGAAGUGCUCGCGGAGAGCGUUGUUCAACCGUUUUGGGACGACAUCCCCUUCCUGGACACCGAAUCGCAGCGAUUCCGAGGAGGCAUCUGGGAGCGAGAGAUACCAAAGCCCGAUACGAAAACGGAUAUCCCCGACGAGUCGGGUGCUCAGAUCCAGACGUCAGGAACUCCCAAGGAGGAGUCCGUGGAAGUGCUCAAGAUGAAGGAUGAGCGCACCAUGAGCGCGCCUGUGCUGACGGAGUCCGUGAAUGGCACUUUGAAAGCCCGCAAGAACUCCAAGUCCUCUAUUGGGGAGUCGGAGAACACCAAUCCAAGCGCGUUGUCUUCGGCUGUCGAGAAGCUAGGCAGUUCGCCCCCUCGGGUCAUCAGGUCUCAAACCUUUUCCCAUGCGGCCGAUCCUGUCCUGACAGCCGACCACGUGAAGAUGGACAAAGUCUCGUCCGAACCCAAGGGCGAGGAAAAGAGCCAUGCAACCAGUGCCAUGAUCGAGAUAUCUAGCCGCUCUCCUCCAGCUUCGCCGGAUAAGACCCCCGACAACUCCCCGCCGACUGCUAGUCACAUGGUCCCGGACAAUUUGGGUCAGAGUCGGGAUCCUUCCAUUAUCGAAUCUACUGGGAGCUACGAAGAGUCGGUCAGUGACUUGCCUACCCGACCACCUUCCACUCAUCAUGGAAACGAGUCAUCCAGCAACCUCCGGGGCCUGGAGAACGGUUCUACCGCGUCUGUGAAUAGCAACAAAUCCCGACGGCGUAGCACGCUGGAAACGUUGACUCGAUCUAUGACUUCCUCGUCCACCACUGAGAAUAAAUCGCCCGGUCCCCUGAAUACAGCAACUUCGGUGGCCAAGAAGUGGGGGUGGAACAUGUUCGGCCGAGGCGAGUCUAGCUCCGCUCAAGAUGCGUCUCGUCCUGCAGGCACUCCGGACCAGCCGAUCGGACGCGGGCACCCGCUCCCACCCCCAGGCACUCCGUUGCCGCGGCCCGACAAAGUUGGUUACAAGAGGAACACCGUCGCGGUCCCGAAGCGGAAACCCGUGGGGAUUCCGACUUUUCCAGAGCCCAAGGCUGACAAGGAAAACAAGAGACCUGUUCCUAAGCCACCUCUACCCAAGCGAAAGUCCCUCUACCGCCCCGAAGAACCGGGAAAUCGGUCCGAAGAGUUGCUCGUGGUCGAGGCCCCGUACGAUUCCGGGCCCAACAGCCCGGUGGUGGACAUGACCCCCGAUGUAGGAUCAACGGUCGAGUCGAGCACCAAGGGCAACUCACCACUGUCAACAAGACCAGGCGAGUCCACUGCCGGCCCAAGCCGCGGGUAUGAAGGGGCCCGGGAAACCGCUGAGCAAGAUCCUCCGACUCAAGGGCCGCGGAACAGACUCGAUACCGAGAAACACGGCAUGGAGAUCUUGUCAGCCACGGAUGGUAUUAUUCCCUGAUGGUUCCGCAUGCCGCGAAGCCCUGUAUGACGGAUAGAACGUAUGAUGUCGCAUUUAUCCUUGGCAAUGCAUAAAGGAAGCUCUGCAGCGCAGAGCGCUCUCUCCUGGCGCGGGCGUUUUGAUUAGGACGGAAAGGCGUGAGACGAGACUGGUACCGUGGCGCUGGGCGAUUGCUCCUUUCCUUGGCUUCUGACCCAUGGUAUACCCUCUCAGCUGGUUCUUGAGCGUGCUUGACAGUGUCCGGCGUCGAUAGCAAUAUGGGUUACCCUCACCUCCCGUCGUACGGUGUAUUUGUUUUCUCGCUAGGUAGAUGGAAAGUUCGAGCGGAUCCCGAUUUCUCCACCGUAGAAAGUCAGGUGUAG